AUCAAACAGCUAACCAAUUAAAAAAAAUAACGAUAUAAGUUACAGACAUAACAAAGCGGGAGAUUCGGUAAGUUGCUAAAGACACAUACGAAUAAAGAGUUUUGAAAAAAAAUUAAAAAGUUUGAGUGUUUAUUUGUUGGAGAUUAGUUUGGAGUUCGUCUCGGCAACCAACUUUUGCUCUGCCUUAACAACGCCAAUUCUGUAAAAAAAAUGACGUCUUCUUCCUCCUCAGCCUCCUCGUUUUGCACACUCUCCUUUCCAUUUCUCUUGUUUUCUUCUUAUUCUUUGUAGCCUCCCUCCCUCUCUCUCUCUCUCUCUCCUGUGUAAUUGUGUAUGUUACACAAUUAAUGGCGUCUUUAAAUAUGAAGAUGAAGAAAAGGGAUAAUUAUGGCGCAGAACCUGACAAGAAAAAGCUGGCCAUGGCCGGAAUCCGACAUCAGUUGCUGCUACUCCUUCGCCGCCGUCACCGUCUAUUUCCUCUGGUAUCUGCCUUCUCCGGCUGUCUCCUCCUCCUCCUCCUCUUCUCACUUUCCUUCCCUCCUGUGAUCCAUCGCUCACCACUAGGCGUACGUUUACCUUCAUUUCAACAACUUAAUAUAUCCUUCUUCAGUAAUUUCAAUUCUCUGUUUUGUUUUCAGAGGAAGAAUCAAGUUGCCGUGGAAUCCAAGCUUCUUGUACCCGAAAAUGGCGGAAGAUCGGAUCGCCACUUAUGGAGCUCGAAAUUGUCCAACUCCUACUAUGGCUGCAGCAAUGCCAGUGGCACCUUUCAAGUUUUGGAUAAGACGAGCCAGACAGGUCGAUAUUUACUGAUCGCUACAAGCGGAGGGUUAAACCAACAACGAACAGGGAUAAUAGACGCUGUGGUUGCGGCUUACAUCCUAAAUGCCACUCUUGUGAUCCCUAAACUGGACCAAAACUCAUACUGGAAGGACAUCAGCAACUUCGAAGAAAUAUUUGACGCUGAUUGGUUCAUUUCGCAUCUCUCCAAAGAUGUCAAGAUCAUCAAGGAGCUUCCUAAAGGAGAAGAGUCAAGACUCAUUGGCCUACAGUCCAUUCGUGUUCCCAGGAAGUGCACACCCUCUUGCUACCUGCAGCGUGUUUUGCCCCUUCUUAAGAAGAAGCAUGUUGUACAACUCUCUAAAUUCGAUUACAGGCUGGCUAACCAGCUGGAUACAGAGCUACAGAAGCUGAGGUGUAGAGUGAACUACCAUGCGGUUAGAUAUACGCAGACUAUCAACAAGAUGGGCCAAAUUCUGGUUGACCGGAUGAGAACCAAAGCCAAACACUUUGUUGCCCUUCAUCUCAGGUUUGAACCUGAUAUGCUGGCCUUCUCCGGAUGCUAUUACGGGGGAGGUCAGAAAGAGAGACUUGAACUGGGAGCUAUGAGAAGAAGGUGGAAAACUUUACACGCGGCAAACCCUGACAAGGUACGGGAGCACGGGAGAUGUCCCCUGACUCCAGAGGAGAUCGGUCUGAUGCUCAGGGGCUUAGGUUUUGGAAGAGAAGUUCACUUGUACGUUGCAUCAGGCGAGGUAUACGGAGGGGAUGCUACACUAGCACCAUUGAGAGCUCUGUUUCCAAAUCUCCAUACAAAGGAGACAUUGACCUCCAAGAAAGAGCUAGCUCCUUUUGCGCGCUUCUCAUCACGCAUGGCAGCUCUUGACUUCAUCGUCUGUGAUGAGAGCGACGCAUUUGUCACCAACAACAACGGCAACAUGGCUAGAAUCUUAGCUGGAAGAAGGAGAUACAUGGGACACAAAGUGACCAUCCGUCCAAACGCCAAGAAACUCCACAAAAUCUUCGCAAACAGACACAACAUGACAUGGGAUGAGUUCUCUACCAAGGUCCGGAAAUACCAAACCGGGUUCAUGGGGGAGCCAGAUGAAAUGAAAGCAGGAGAGGGAGAGUUCCAUGAGAACCCGACCUCCUGCAUUUGUCGAAAGAAGAAGGCCAAUGAACAACUAAAAGAGGACGAGCAUGACUCAUGGCCAUGGGAGUACUCGGACAUUGGCAAUGUCCCCAUGGCCACUAGAAGCGGUUUGGAUCAUCAAUCAGAAGUUGACCAUGAGAACUAAUCGUUCUUCUCUUUUUUUUUUUUUUUUUUUUGUGCUCUUUAUUUGCAAGAAUCAGCAUUCUUUUCCAAAACACAAAAAUGUAAUGUCAUU